AGUUACUUUCAGUUUUGAGUCUUACAAUUGCCCGCUAACAAGGCUUUUCUUUGUCAGCUGUACCUACGGUGAUGUAGAUUGUGAAGAUUUUCUCUCUGUCAGUAAUGUGAAGAUAAACAUGAGCUUUCAGUCGCAAAGGUUGUCGCUUUCAGACUCUGAUGCCAGCAUUGAAAAUGACCCUCAACCAUGUGGAUACUAUAGCAGUGAUAGUGCAGACAGGGGUCAACAACGAAGUGGGCAGCUGCCUGGGCAUGGCCCUAAGCAUAGAGCUGACAAGUCAGCACCGAAGGCCCUCCCUGUGGGCAGUUUAUCCCCACUGAAGAGGGCCACGCCAUAUUAUGGCAGUAGUCACUCUGAUGCCAGCAGUGGUGGGGAGGGGUUUUCCCCUCCGGCCAAGAUGUGUCGAUAUGAUGAGACGGCACAAUCUCCCACUGAGGAUUUACAUGCCGAGUCGGAAGGAAAGAGCGUGAAAGGAAUGCCAGAAUACAAUGAUUUCGCUGCAAAAAUGAUGGCUAAAAUGGGUUACAGAAAAGGAGAAGGUUUGGGUAAAAACCGUCAAGGUCGUGUGAACAUUGUGGAGGCCUCAAAGCAACGAGGUAGGCGAGGUCUGGGUUUUACCAUUGCCCAGUUAGAUGCUGAGGACGUGGAAUGGGACUUCACUAAAGAUGAGAUUGUGAUUGAUGAGGAGGUGGAAUGGUUACCUCCCUGUGAGCAGCCGGUGCCUGACCUGGAUACUUUGAGACAGUGGAAAGUGAUAGGAGAGAAAAAGCUGGACAUAUCUGAUGAGACACAAUACUGUACUGAGAAAACAUUGAAAGAGGUACUCAACAACAAGAGUGUUUUUGAUCAGUUGCACCCUGAGGAAAUGAGGAGAGCUCGUACAAAGUCCAACCCAUAUGAAACCAUCCGAGGAGUCUUCUUCCAGAACAGAGCUGCCAUGAAGAUGGCAAAUAUGGAUGAGGUUCUGGACUUCAUGUUUACAAACCCUGUCAAGAAAACUGGGGAGCCUCUAGUAGGGAGAAAUGAGCUGUUGUACUUUGCUGACGUGUGUGCCGGGCCUGGGGGCUUUAGUGAGUAUGUCCUGUGGCGGACCAAAGGAAAGUCUAAAGGGUUUGGGUUGACGCUGAGGAAAAGUAAUGACUUCAAGCUGGAGGAGUUUCUGGCAGGUCCCAGUGAGAUGUUUGAGACUCAUUACGGAGUGGGAGGAGCGGAAGGAGAUGGGGAUGUGUUCAGGACAGACAAUCAGGCAGAGUUUGCUAAGUUUGUCCUGGCGAAUACUGAUGGCAAAGGUGUUCACAUGAUGAUGGCAGAUGGAGGGUUUUCUGUAGAAGGAUCAGAAAAUAUCCAAGAGAUUUUAUCAAAACAGCUUUACCUGUGUCAGUUUCUGGUUGCUUUGUCCAUUCUCCGAACAGGUGGACACUUUGUGUGUAAGUUGUUUGAUCUGUUCACACCAUUCAGCGUUGGCCUGGUUUACCUAAUGUAUCGAGUGUUUGAUCAAGUUAGCAUAUACAAGCCUGUGACAAGUCGCCCUGCUAACUCAGAGAGGUACAUAGUGUGUAAAGGUUGUAGAGAAGACAGAUCAGCAGUGCUCAGUUACAUGAAUGAAAUCAACAAAGAUCUCAACAAAUUUUCACUGUCAACAUCUAAACAUGAUGUUUCAGAAGUUGUGCCAGCAGAUGUCAUUUCGAUUGAUGAGGAAUUCUACAACUACAUCUUUCUCUCCAAUGAAAAAAUAGCCAGGAAGCAAGUGCGGAAUCUGAGGAAAAUUCAAGCAUUUGCACAAAAUCCGAAUCUUCAUGAAGUUAGGCAGAAGGAAACGCGAGAUGCUUGUCUGAAAAAAUGGAAGGUGCCAGACAAGGUUAGAACGACACCUGCCAGGGAGAGUGCAGCCGAGAAAUUCAGACAUCUGAUGAUGUGCUCAGAGAGUGAUGCUGAAGUUUUAUGUGAACCACUCACCCCCAAGAGUCUGGAGAAGAUCAACAGUGUGUUUGACUACAGGUGUAUGGUUUCCUGUGACAGAAAACGGGUGUUCCUUCUUGGACUAGGGAAAGGUCAAACAUUCCAGUAUGAGCUGGACGGGGGAAAGAGAUGGAGGAAAAUUGAGGACAGUGAUUUGAAGGCAAGGAUUGAGCUCCCAGCAGACACGCUGUUAGAGGCCGAGGUCUGCCAGGAGUUCAGGGGAGAGGCAAGAGCUCAGCGGAAGAUAUGCACAGUCCAUGUGUUAGAUGGGUACUUCUUGUGUGGAGAAUGUAUACAGAACCUGCCAUUUCAAGAAAGGAUAGACAGACUGCGUUUGUUUGUAAAGGCCAUAAACAAACCCACCAAACCAAACCUCUGCCUAGUCAAAGUUCCAGACCUGUUCAAAUUUGAAGAAAUCCACAAUAUUUUCAACAGGUUAGAGAUGAAGAAGGUCAAAGGUUCCCAUGGUUUAGAGCGACUUUGUUUCCAGUCAGAGGAAGGCGUCUUUUCUCAUCCGGCAGGUGUUCACAUUAUCAAAUUUGUCAAAGACCCAUGGUUUAUGGCAUUCAGUCAUUCUCAGAACAGAAAGUAUUUCUACAAUUCAAUGACUCGUCAGUCAUUGUUUGAGUGCCCACCUGACUCUGUGGCCUCUGUGAGGGACUGCAAACAGAAGAGUUUCUACUGGGCCUGGGAGUCAGGAGUCAAAGUUCAUGAUUCACAGGAUGAACAAGACCAUAAUAAAGUUUCCAAAGAACACAUCCUGAGUUUCAUUGUCAGAAAAAUACCUCACUGAGAUGAAUAAAACCGGAUCUGCAGACUGUGUAAAUAAAUUUGUCAUAUUGAAUCUGUUAGAAAUGGAUUGGAAAUCUUGAUGAUGACUAUGUGAACAUUUUCCACAAGGCAUUUGCCAGGUUAUAAGUGAAAGAGUUUUGCUUAAAUCACUUGCCAUGAUGUAGCGGAAUAUUUAUAGGUAGGUAGGAGGGAUAUUGUAGAGAUAUCAGCUUGCACCCUUUCUAAUGAUGGUAAAUUAUAUGUGGAUGCCUCUAGCAUUUGGGAUGCUUAUACAUGUAUACUCACUCUACAAAGUAACUAUGCGUAGAUCCAAAUAUAUUGUUCUUCCAUAUUCGUAUACAUACUGUCUUUUUUCUAU